GCGCGUCCGCGGCCCGGCCGCAGCCCAGGCCGCCGAGGGAGCGGCGGGGCCGGCGCCAUGGCCGAGCGGGGCCGCUUGGGCCUGGCCGGCGCGCCCGCCGCGCUCAACACGCCCGUGCCCAUGAACCUGUUCGCCACCUGGGAGGUGGACGGCUCCAGCCCCAGCUGCGUGCCCAGGUUGUGCAGCCUGACCUUGAAGAAGCUGGUGGUGUUCACGGAGCUGGAGAAGGAGCUGGUCUCGGUGGUGAUUGCCGUCAAGAUGCAGGGCUCCAAACGGAUCCUGCGGUCCCACGAGAUCGUGCUGCCCCCCAGUGGACAAGUGGAGACCGACCUGGCGCUGACCUUCUCCCUGCAGUACCCUCAUUUCUUGAAAAGAGAAGGCAACAAGCUCCAGAUUAUGCUGCAGCGGAGAAAGCGGUACAAAAACCGGACCAUCUUGGGCUACAAGACGCUGGCGGCGGGCUCCAUCAACAUGGCCGAGGUGAUGCAGCACCCUUCCGAGGGCGGCCAGGUCCUGAGCCUCUGCAGCAGCGUCAAGGAGGCCUCCGUGAAGGUGGCCGAGAUCUGGAUCUUCUCCCUGUCCAGCCAGCCCAUUGACCACGAGGACAGUGCCAUGCAGGCUGGGCCCAAGGCCAAGUCCACAGAUAACUACUCUGAGGAGGAGUAUGAGAGCUUCUCCUCUGAGCAGGAGGCCAGUGACGAUGCCGUGCAAGGGCAGGACUUGGACGAGGAGGACUUCGAUGUGGGCAAGCCCAAGAAGCAGCGGCGAUCGAUAGUAAGAACGGCGUCCAUGACCAGGCAACAAAACUUCAAGCAGAAGGUCGUGGCCUUGCUGCGGAGGUUUAAAGUGUCAGAUGAGGUCCUGGACUCAGAGCAGGACCCUGCAGAGCGUGUCCCCGAGGCGGAGGAGGACCUGGACCUUCUGUAUGACACGCUGGACAUGGAGAACCCCAGUGACAGCGGCCCUGACCUGGAGGAUGAUGACAGUGUCCUCAGCACCCCCAAACCAAAGCUCAGGCCCUACUUCGAAGGGCUGUCACACUCCAGCUCGCAGACGGAAAUCGGGAGCGUCCACAGCGUCCGGAGCCACAAGGAGCCCCCGAGUCCGGCUGAUGUGCCCGAGAAGACCCGGGCCCUGGGAGGCAAGCAGCCGAGCGACAGCGUCUCUGACACAGUGACCCACAGCACCCCCGCCCCUGGGGAGCAGCCUGCACAGCCGGAGGACAGCCCGGAGGUGGAGACCUCCGCCCUGGACAUGUUCACCGAGAAGCUGCCGCCCAGUGGGCGGAUCACCAAGACGGAGUCCCUCGUCAUCCCCUCCACCAGGUCCGAGGGGAAGCAGGCUGGUCGCCGGGGCCGCAGCACAUCCCUGAAGGAGCGGCAGCCGGCCCGGCCACAGAACGAGCGGGCCAACAGCCUGGACAACGAGCGCUGCCCGGACACGAGGAGCCAGCUGCAGAUCCCCAGGAAGACCGUGUACGACCAGCUCAACCACAUCCUCAUUUCUGACGACCAGCUACCUGAAAACAUCAUUCUCGUCAACACCUCCGACUGGCAGGGGCAGUUCCUGUCGGAAGUCCUGCAGAGACACGCGCUCCCCGUGGUGUGCACGUGCUCCGCGGCUGACGUGCAGGCGGCCUUCAGCACCAUCGUCUCGCGGAUACAGAGAUACUGCAACUGCAACUCCCAGCCCCCGACCCCCGUGAAGAUUGCCGUGGCGGGCGCGCAGCAUUACCUCAGCGCCGUCCUGCGGCUCUUCGUGGAGCAGCUGUCCCACAAGACGCCCGACUGGCUGGGUUACAUGCGCUUCCUCAUCAUCCCGCUGGGCUCCCACCCUGUGGCCAGGUACCUGGGCUCCGUGGACUACCGCUACAACAACUUCUUCCAGGACCUGGCCUGGAAAGACCUGUUCAACAAGCUGGAGGCCCAGAGCGCCGGUGAGGCCCGGGCGCAGGACACCCCGGACAUCGUGUCGAGGAUCACGCAGUACAUCGCGGGUGCCAACUGCGCCCACCAGUUGCCCAUCGCGGAGGCCAUGCUGACCUACAAGCAGAAGAGGAAAAAGAACUUUCAUUUUGACUUUACCCUCAGCCCUGACGAGGAAUCUUCACAAAAGUUCAUCCCCUUUGUAGGGGUGGUGAAGGUUGGAAUUGUGGAACCGUCCUCAGCCACAUCAGGUGACUCGGAUGACGCAGCCCCCUCGGGCUCCAGCGUGCUCUCGUCCACCCCGCCGUCCACGUCUCCCGCGGCCAAGGAGGCCUCACCUACCCCGCCUUCCUCCCCGUCAGUGAGCGGGGGCCUGUCCUCCCCCAGCCAGGGCGUCGGCGCCGAGCUGAUGGGGCUGCAGGUGGAUUACUGGACAGCAGCCCCGCCCGCAGACAGGAAGAGAGAGGUGGAGAAGAAGGACCUGCCGGCCACCAAAAACACGCUCAAGUGCACCUUCCGGUCUCUCCAGGUCAGCAGGCUGCCCGGCAGCGGCGAGGCUGUGGCCACGCCUGCCAUGUCCAUGACCGUGGUCACCAAGGAGAAGAACAAGAAGGUGAUGUUUCUGCCCAAGAAAGCCAAGGACAAGGACGUGGAGUCCAAGAGCCAGUGCAUCGAGGGUAUCAGCCGCCUGAUCUGCACGGCCAAGCACCAGCAGAACAUGCUGAGGGUCCUCAUCGACGGUGUGGAGUGGAAUGACGUCAAGUUCUUCCAGCUGGCGGCCCAGUGGUCCUCCCAUGUCAAGCACUUCCCCAUCUGCAUCUUCGGACACUCCAAGUCCGCCUGCUAGCCCCACCCCGGAGCCCUGGACGGCGCGCGCCAGGAGGGCCCAGCUGCUUUUCUGUUAACAUUUCAGUUUACUACGGAGACACUUAAAAACACAAAGAGAAACAGUCUUAAGUAUGAAUGUGCUCUAAACCUGGAAACUCACGGGGAGGUUCCCCCACCGGGGCCGGGUAACUGCCCUGCUCGAUGACCAGAUGUGCCGGCGGGGUGGGAGGUCAGGCGGACAGCGCUGAGCUCUGAGAAUCACGAAAGGUGUGUUUUGGCCUCAGGACCUCCCGAGCCCCCCCAGCGAGAAGGGUCCUCACCUACACGUCCUGUCCUUCCUGAAAGCCAGGACUGCUUCCUCAGGGAGCUGGGGUCAGGCGGGCAGCGCGCAGAUCCACGGGCUGCCUACGGGCCCAGACACGGAGCUGGGUGGCCAGAGGCUGGAGGCCAGACAGCCCAGGCCUGGGCCCAGCCGCCCACCAGGCGGGAGACGCCCCAGCACCGCCCACUUGUGGUUCCCAAUAAACUCCAGCCUCGCGGGCAGUGGGGGUUUUCUAGUAGCAGAUAUUUUUAAUGCUUUUAACUACACGUUACAAGGUAGCUGCCAAAGGGACAUUGCUCUUCUGACGUCCCAGCGGCCCCCUGGGGCUGGGGCGGAGCCAGCCAGCGCUGUCGCUGUCGCAUGUCCUAGCCCCCCCACCAGAGCACCCGCCUCGCCCCCCCCCCCCCCCCCCCCCCCGCCACUCUCCCUCUGGCUGUUCUCGAGCUGUCACUUCUGCUGGUUGCCUCUGCCCCAAGCUCAGCAAGCACAGUGGCCCCGAAGUUGGCCCCAGCCCACUCAGCCGCCUCCUCCCGCCCAGCCCCCUGGGCCCACCUACCGGCUGAGGGGUGUCUGGGCCCACGCCCACUUCUGUGGCCAGCACGAGCUCAGGUAGCACAGCCUGAGCACAGGCGCCAAGCCCACUGGAGCCGUAGGUACCGCUGGGAGUACCCCGAAGAGGCAGGGAGCCCUGGCUUCUCUGCGCCAAGCUCCCUAGAGUGAGGGUCUGGGUCUGGGCCCCACCCUGGUGGUAGCCUUGCCCCCUGCCUUCCCAUGCAGCAGGAAAGGGACACCCUGACCUGCAGCCAGAGUCCAGCCCGGUGUCCACAGGAAGAGCCCACCACUUCCCCUCCUUUGGCAGCUGUGGCUCCGGGACCCUGCGGUAGCCCGCCCACGGCGCCAUGCAGGCUGUGCUCGGAAAACAGUGCCCGUGGCACAGGCAGGUAUGACCCUGGGGGAGUGAGGUGGCCCGCCCUCCUUACCUGUGACCUACCGGCUUCCUUCCUCCCCCAAGGCAGGAAGGGGUCCCUGGGCUAGCUAGGGAACGGGACAGGGCCUGACCUUGUGUGUGGCCCCGCCUCAGGGUUGCCCGCGGGCAGGACCUUCCCCAGGAUGGCCUGAACUCCUCCUCUGACAGCACUGGGGACCAGGCUGACCCCUGGCUCAGAAGGACCAGGGUUGGAGGCUGGCCCCUGAGCCCAGCGCCUCAGGCAGCCUGCGCCCGGGCCAGAUGUCUGCCAGCAGCCGUCCUCAGAAGCAGGCCCUGGGACCGUGAGCCUCGCUGCUCUCGCUCCCACCGCUGGGCCUCAGGGCCUUGGGUUCCUUAAGGUUCCUUUCCGAAGGUCAAACUCCGCAGGAAGGAGGUACGGGUGAGGCUCCUGACGUAGCUUCUAGCCCCAAAGCUUGCUUUGGAGGAAGGGACCAGAGAGAGCAGUCACAUCCACCCUGUCGUGGGACCAUCCCCCCCAAAUGUGCCUCCCCAUCCACUUCCGUAGCUGUGUCCUCGGGCACACGGGAGGGCCCGCAGCGCCCCCACCCUAUGCCCCUGGGCCUACAGAGCCCGGCUGCCGUCUGUCCUGUGCCUAAGUGCUAUGGGGCUCACCCACCACACCGUCCCCAGGGCCCAGGAGGUCACACAGACAGCCCCAGCCACCGUGACUCUCUCAGAGACCUGUGCCUCGGUUUUCCUAUUGGUCACAUGCGCCCUGCCUACCUCAUGGAGCUGUUCUGAGGACCCACGUGAAAGCACUUUGUCCCUCAAAGGAAGAUGACACAGAAGCCAAAGCCAUCUGUGACCGAGUCAGUGCAGCUGCAAGCACACGGAGGGCGGUGUGGGGUGCGAGGCAUGUGGGUCCUGGGCAGGAGCAGCCGCCAGUCACCACCGGGCAAGGCCAGGUGGGGGCCAGCCACCACCCUCCAGCCUGGCCCACUGCUUCCUCUCUCCUCCCACAUCAGCAGCCCCGGGGGGGCAUCUCCUCAGGGCUUGCGGGCCAGCAUCCUGAGUCAGUGUCGUCGUGGCUGCAGCUCGGGGAGGGUCCCCGGUUGGCACUGUGCUCACUCCCAGACGGGAAGACCUGGCCACUCUCCGGGGUCUGGCCUUUGCCCUGGGGCAGAUUCCUCCUUAGGAGACAGGGCCACCUGCUUCUGUGGGCCAGCCGCCUGACCUGAGCUUGUCCCUCACCGCCUUCCCCAGACCCGCCCCCCACGGGUUGAGGGAGACCGCGUCCCCACACGUCACCUGCCUGGCCUUGGUUGCCACCGCCGGGUCCCAACCUGUAGGCCAAGGGGUGCCCCUCUACGUUUCUGCAGACCCCCAUCCAUCGUCGUGCAUUGUUUAGUUUCUAGGAUGUACGUGUUGCUAGGGUUUUUGUUUUGUUUUUUUUUCUUUUUAAAUGAAACACAGGAUUAAUGUAAAUAACCUUUUUGGGGAAUAGAUUCUAAUCUGUCACGUAUGUGACCACGUGGACUAUUUUAAGGUGCUGAUGCAAAACACUAAUAAACCUGGGGAGCAACCCCAGGCCUUCCCACG